AUGGCACCUAGUAAGAGGGUGGCCAUUAAGUGCCUUAGGACUAAGGCACCUACGUCCCGUAGGCGCGUCGCCCCCUACGCCCCACGUGGCCUCCUCGGUAAGCGCGUGGAGGCCUUGGCCUUUGAGGUCUCCAUGACCCGUAGGCGCCCCGGCGCCGUGGCUUACCGACCUCCUUCCUACACCCGUGACAGUCGUGUAUACCAGCCAGGGUCCCUACCAGAGUAUAGCCAAGGCAAAAGGCUUGAACAGGACAACUCAACUCGUUGGAACUCAUGGUCUCAUAUGAUUGGCUGCGCUCUAUGGCCUGGUGUUCAGCCUGCAAUUCGGAUGUUUUGCUCAGAGCACAAGGAUGAGCUUUGGGAUGAAACUUUGACUACUGAUGAGUGGUCUCAUCUUGAAGAAGUAUUUGGGAUUCUCAAGAUCCUAGAACAAACUACACUUGAUGUAGAAGGCUCGUUUGGCUCUCUUGGCAAGGUUAUUAUGACCAUGGAUUUUUAG